AUGUACCGAUAUAGCAAGGGCUCUCCACUUGAGCAAACAUCGCAUAAACGGGUCGGUCGGCAUGACAGCCAACGCAACAGCAUCGAAUUGCCGAAACUGCCACCUUUGAAUACAAGAAACUCCUUUUUGGAUGAUUCCGAUAAUGGAAUAGACAACGUCUCAAUCGGUUGGACGCCAAUCAGUGGCAACCAGCAAUUUCAAAGUCCCGGUCCUUCGGCCUUUGCCUUCACAUCUAAACAUCAUAUAAGGGGAAACGCCACUAGCUCCUCAGAAUCCACACCCAAAUCAACUAAAUAUAUCAAAGAAAGACGACCACCGCCACCGUUUCUACACUCUACUGAAUCAAUACACUUCGACUCACCCAUGGCUUCUCCCAGACCUUGGUCCAAGGAAAAGUCGCUUGAUACACUAUCAUUCGUAGGGGACUCGGAGGAACAGCAUCACAUAGAUGACAUUCCUAAUCAUUGCAGGAUCUUAGAAUCACCAUUUGUCAACCAAUUUAGUUCUAUUCCUUCAAAGUCUCCAACUAAUAAUAUCAAAUGCCAGACUCGAAGCACUGAUGAAUCUAGUCCUCGGUAUCAUGAAAGAGAUAGAGCUUUACCGCCCAUUCCUUUAACUACUACCCUUUUACUCUCUCCGUUUGACGAAGAAGACCCAGAAUUUUUCACCAAGCCACCGCCACCUCUAUCAACCUCUAGAAAUAUAAGUGGGCAUAGCCGAGUGUCAGAAAGUCUAGAAAGUGUUUAUUCGGAUUCAGAUUAUACUUUUAAUAAUUCAAAUGCUAGGCAAAGCAGCUUCAACUCCUUACUGGGCGCCAAGCCCUUGGAAGUGGCACCAAGCAUCACUGCACCAACACAGCCGUUUUCAAUACAGUCAGUCGAUGAACACAAGCUUUACCAAUGUGAUAAUGUUUACAAGCUAUCCCGAAUUUAUGAGUGGAUUCUUAAAGUUUAUUUUGAAUGGUUCAAUGAAUGUGUUUUCACGAAAAUCGACCUUUUUCAAAUAGUACAGUUACUUCUAGAGUUUCAAAUGCCCAAAAAUUUUGAUCAAGAUACAAUAGACUCCAAUGUAGAUAAUAUUAUGGCUUCGCUUAUUGCACAGGAGGCAGUAAGAUUUGAUGUUAUCAACGAUGAAGAGGUAGCUGUAGUGGUGGCGGGCUUGGACGUUACUGGGGUCUUUACAGAGCUACUGCCGUGCUAUUCGUUUAUCGAUAAUACCUACGGAUCCACAAAUUCUCUAGUCUGCUAUUCCAACAUCUGUGCGCAUGAGCUAAGCUCUGGUUUUAGAAAGGAAAUAAAGCUUUCUGAAAUUAUAAAUAAAUCUGUUGGACUUUGGACGGAAUAUUGGCACUUGAGUCCCGAUGACUUAGCAGAAAUUAACCCACGUGAAGUACAGCGACAAAGCUUCAUAUUUGACCUGAUUAUUUUGGAAGAAAGAUCGUUGAAUAUGGCCACAGCAGCAGUAGAAAUAUAUGGGAAACGGUUUGAGAAAACCUUGCUUCCAGAAGAGCCCGACUUCAAAUCAAUGGCAUUUGACAUCUUCGAGCCUCUCAUCCAAUUGCAUACCGAAUUUCUUUUGACGCCAAUUUUCUGGAAAUUGAAAACAAGAGGUAAGUUUAUUGAUGGUAUUGGGAAAAUCUAUUCGAAAUGGUGUGGCGAAGCCAAGGAUAUAUAUUUAAAUUACGCCAAGGCUAUGGCAACUGUACACGAAAUUAUAAUGUGGGAAAAAAAGAACAAAACCAAAUUCGUUGCAUGGCUAAAGGAGAUUGACAACUCUGUUGAAAUCACGAGGUCCAAAAUGUAUCAUGACGUGAUAUUUUUUGGCGGAUUCUUCAAGUCUUUACAGAACAUGCCUGUAACUUUGCGUUCAAUACUAAAAAACACAGAUGCUUCUAUUGAGGAUUAUGAAUAUCUCAAAAUAGUCAUUAAGGAUGUAGAAAAUUUGAACUUCGAAGUGAAUCGGGUCCAUGGACUGGCAAUUGACCACAGAAAGUUGGUAAGAUUUUCGAAACAAUUAGUACUGAGUACUAACAGUAGCAAUGCAGCAAGUUAUAUAAACGUCGGCGGCAGUUCCAAUGACAAUGAACAUGAUGCCAUGCAGGAUAAGCUAGCCCUUGGGCUAACAUAUCCGGAAAGAAAGUUGGUACUGUCCGGGACAGUUUACAAAAAGAGGGAACUAUGGCUGGAUCCAACCCCAGUAUAUAUCGCAUUAUUGGAUAAUUGUUUACUAAUCACAGAGGAAAUAAAUAAGGGUGAAUCACAAAGGUACAAGCUUAUCGAAAGACCUAUUCCCAUAGAUUAUUUGAGUCUCGAGAAAAGAAGAAUCCCAGAAGCAAACAUACUGCCUGUCGGAAAUGGAAAUUACUCACAGAGAGAGCACAAAUAUCCCAUGCAUAAUUUUUCGACACCCAUUAGUUCUAUGAGACCUUUGCUAAGAAGUUCUGGUAAUCACGCAUCGACAGCGUACGGAGACAGGAAAGCAGGUAAUACUGAGAUUUCUAACGCGAACCCAAAUAUUAAUGAAUUCUCAUUUAAAAUCAGAAAUACAGCCACAGGUGAGUCGUUUAAGUUUUAUACCGCCAGUGCUGAAGAGCUUAGCCUAUGGACUGACGCUAUCAUGGACUCUUUCAAAAAGAAUGCUGAAAAUCAUGAUUUGAAUGCAUUUGAGUUUACAGUGUUAAGUUCUGAGUUCGAAUAUUCAGACAAGGAUGCGCCAGUGAAUCUACCAGUAGCUCCAGAAGGAUCAGAAAUUGAUAUAGCGCUGAAAAUCUAUGCUAAAAAGGUUAGCGGAGAUAUACGCACCUGGAGUAAAGCAACAAAGAUAUUAUGUUGUGAAGAUGUCAAAUUUGAAGGUAAAGUCUACUUGCUUGUGGCUACUAUUGACGGUGUCUUCUUGAAAUAUAGGGACGAUUAUAGUCACGGCUUUGUGAAAAUAUUAGAAACAAAUGACGUCAAAAGAAUGGAAGCUAAUGUUAAGUUGGGACUUCUGUUUGUUUUGGAUAAUAGAAGGCUGUGCUAUUUUAGCAUCUCAAGUGUGUUGAGCCGCUUUGUGAUGCAAAAGAACGCGACAGAUGAAAAUCGCAUUGUUGGAAUAGUAAUUAAAGAUAAGGUAAGAUUUUUCAAAGUCGCUGAUGAUUUUGGUAAUUCCAGGCAUUUAUUUUUUGAAAGAAAAGGGAAAAUUGUUAUAUUAACACCGGAGUUUGAUCAAUUGACGAACAAAGUUAAAUAUUUCAAGUUCUACAAGGAGUAUAAGCUUCCAAGUUCAACUAAUAACAUUUUGAAUAAUGAAAUCGAGGAUAUUGCGAUAUUCAGAAAAAGUUUUGCUGUUUGUACAAAGAAAACAGUUAUACUUUAUCAAGAUUCAUUUGAAGAUAACGGAAUAGUUUUGCCAUCAUUUUUGAAUGACGGAGAAAUGAUGGCACAUUUGAGGCAUCCUCAUCUGAACAAUCUACCAUUCAAGAAUGUUAGGGAGUCGAAGAAACGCUCCUCUAUAGAAUCACUCACAGAAGAAGCAAAAAAGGAUAUUGCCAUUUGCAAAGCUAUGCCCGUGAAUUUUUUUCAAAUCUCACAAUCUAAAUUUUUCGUAUUGGUAUAUGACGAGGCUGUAGUGAAGAUAAAUUGCUAUGGCGAAAUGUCUGAUUGGAAGAAAGAUAUUCUGCUACUAGACUUUUGUUGCACCGGUGCGAGUUUCCAUGAUGAUCAUUUGAUACUUGUCGGUGACAAUCUUAUACAGAUUUAUGACUUGAAGAAUGUCGAACACAAUUUGAGUGAAUUAGUGCCCAUCCAGAUAAUCAAAGGUAAGAAGAUAAGACUGACUAGUUCGGAGAGAAGGGAAAAGACAAUCCUUGCAUUGAGUCAUCCAAAUAUCCUUAAUAGACAACUGUUGGUUGCGUGCAAUCCUGUAACCAUGGCAGAUCGCCAUUAA